AUGAAAUUUGCUCUAAUGUUAUAUCCAGUUGCAAAAUAUAUAGGUGGAAUUUUCCAACAUGCACUGACAUUCUUCAGCCAAGAUUCAAGUUCGCAAUCAUGCACUUCGCCUGGACCAAAAGAUGGACCAGAAAGUCCAAAGUGUACGAGCGGGUCUCCAAAACAAAAAAGGACGUCAGGAACCAUGUUCCAGUUUCCUUUCCGUGAAGGCAGGCCUUCACUUUCUGAGCUUCGAGGGUUGAAGAAAACUGCUAAUUCAAGAGUAUUCAGUGAGAGAGUUGGCAGCAAUCAAGUUGAAAAGACAGUUACAUCUCCAAAGCAAAAUCAUUCACAGAAACGAACUCAGGCACAAUGUAAAAAGCCAGGUGUAGCUGUCAAAUCUAACAGAGAGAAAUCUGAACCUGCCAUACAUUCAGAAACUUGGGAAUCUAAAGAUAGUAGUAAAAUUACAGAUAGUUACAUCCAUCCAAAACAUAUCAACUAUGCAAAAAUUCCACAAUAUCCGUAUGAAAUGCAUGAAAGUAAAAUAGUUUCUUUGAAGAAAAAGACUAAUGGCAAUUUUAUGCAGAGCAAUCCCACCCAAAAUCCUCCACAACCCCAAAGGAAUAAUGUAAUGCAUUACCAGAGAGCCCGUCAACUAGGAAAGCCACCUUCCCAGGUCGCUUCAACGCUGAGAAAUCCCAAGUCCUAUCCUGCUGCCUUUUAUUCCCCUUCUGGGAGAUCCCUGAGCUUCAACAACAUAGCCAUGUCCUCUGAUGAUAGCAGUUCUGAAGAAGAGUAUGAAAUCUAUGAAGAGCUCCCACAUGAGUUGGCCAAUAAUACCAGGCAGAAUGGACAGAUCAUGUAUCCGGACAUGGAUCCGAACUUCACGAGACAAGUGGCAGAAGUGUAUACUAUGCUCAGCCAGAGGCAAAACUUCCUCCAAAGUCAAAGGAACAAUGGCUACAGAGGCCCAAUCAAUGCGACAAAUGCAGCCAUCAUUGAUGAGUUGGCUCUUCGUAUGUAUCAUGCUCUACGAAUGAACCACAUGCAGUCACAGAGGCUAGCUCAAGAAAAGCAGCAGAAUCGCCAGUAUUAUCCAAAGACUAAUGUGCCUAAUUCAAAUAAUGUUCCACUGAAAAGUGACUUUUCUUCGGUUCCUGGUAAUUUGCCGGAAGAAAAUAUGCAGAAAAUGCACCCUCCACCAAAAUAUCGGGGACCUUCCGAGCCACAUGUCUCUGACAAGAACUUUUCUUCUGAUUCAGUCCAUGAACACCCCGUAGAUUUGCCUCCCUCAGGAUAUGUUCCACACAGAAAUGUCAACCCGGUUUUUAAGUCUGCUACUAGUCAAGAAAUACACAAUUUGUAUACGUCCCAACUCAGCAACAAAAGUGUCUCCUCACAUCAUGAAAAUGAAAAAUUGUUGGACUGCAUACCUGAAAGUAAUGAAAAAGAUCAUACUUAUGAAACAAUUCCUUACCAGAAAUCAAAAUGUGAAACUACCAGUAAUUAUAAAGAUAAAUAUGAAGAAAAGAUUUUUUUGUACCCCGCAGAAAAAGAACUCGAGCGCAAAAUACCGUGCAAAGAUGACCAAUCACUUAGUGAUAACCAAGUUCCUGUAGUCAGCAACUUGAGAGAAAAUAUUUUUUGCCCAAUUAAGGAGGGAUACCCUUUGAAAAAUAAAGCAUUCGAACAUCUCUCUGCGUUUAAGCCGGUUAAAAGUGAUAAAAGCAUUGAGAAUAGCAUUGAAAAUCAGGUGGAUGACAUAACUAAUUUCUACAACAAAAAUGUGCAAUCUGCAAUCUCUUCCCUCAUGAUGAACAUUCCGAAGCCGCCGAAAGAGUCGUAUACCGGAUCCACGACAAAAAGCUCAUCGUCCCAAACGGAGUCUCUCUUAUGCGACUCAAAUGACACUUUCCAGACAGAAAUUUCUUACAUUGACAAUGACGAGUCUUUUAUUUCUCAGUUCGGCAACAGUUCUGCCAUUGAACCCAAUUACUGCAGCAGCAGCAGCUUGAACAGCAGUUCAUCUGGAAGCACGAUUUCAUCCGCGGGUAGUUGCUACUACUAUGUGGAGACGCAGAUCAAGCCCCAGUUUACGGUCAAGUUUCCUUCUGUGACGUCGGAGAAUGGGGAAGAUGCCCCCCUCAUUGACUUGAGGUCUCCCACCUUGCCCACGAUGGGUGUCUCCAUGCUGGGAAAGAAGAGGAGUACCAGUAGCAGCGGUAGUGAACAGGGCUCGAAUGCUGGUUCUAGAGGGAGUCCCUGUGUUCCUGUGAUUACAGACAUAGAUGCCCUAAAAUCUCCGAGAAUAGUAACAGAUGUUGACUGUCCUUCCAACUGGUUUAACUGUGGGAAUGGGAAGUGCAUAGCGAAAAUGUGGUUGUGCGACGAAGACAACGACUGCGGCAACUUGAAAGAUGAAGAAAACUGUGAAGGCCGCGUCCACCCUGAGAAAUGCCUGAGCAACCAGUUUCAGUGUCGGAAGAACGGGCAUUGUGUACCUGAAUCUUGGCGUUGCGACGGAGAACAUGACUGUGGAGACAGCUCUGACGAGAAAGAUUGCGCGUCUGAUAAAAUUGCUGGCCAUGAUCCUGGAUCUGAAUUAUUGAUUAUCAUCAGCGUAUCUGUAUCAUUGGAUGUUACUGGAUCUGGUGUAACUUUUACUGGAGCAUCAACUUCUAAUGGACUAGAGCAAUCCAUUAAGGUGUGA